UCUAUUUUUUAUAAAAAAAAACCCACUUUCUCCUAUUUUUUAUACAAUCAUGUAUCCAUACCGACCCCCUUUUGGUGUCCCCUGCAAGACCCACGAACCCGAACACAACCCAACCGCAAAACCCAUAUAACCUUCAAGACAUGGACCCGAGUUUUUUAACGUACGCGGCUUACUUUAGUGGCGCCACUCCGUUUGUGCCUCCCCCUUUCGGCUAUGGUCAAGCCGGCGGGUCGCAACCGUCACAACAACAAGCCGAAUCCGAACCCGAUGUCGAUGUCGUGCCGGAGACGCAACCCGAACCGGUGCAAGAUAAUUCGAAACGCGGCAAAAGGUCGCAUAAGAAGAAGGAAAAAGACGAACCUCGGCGUACAAAAAAUAUCAUUAAAUGGACGAAGGAAGAGGAAUUCACGUUGACUCGGGCGUGGCUCGACAUUUCGGAGGACGAAGAAACCGCAAACUUUCAAACGGGCCCCGUUUUUUGGGAUAGGGUUCGUGCACUCUUUUUUAGCACGUGGGGUCAAGGCGAACAUCGGGACAAAGAUUCCAUUUCUAGCAAAUGGACCGACAUCAACAACAAGUCUCACGCGUUCCAAGAAGUUUACCAACGUAACUACGAUACUCGCCCGAGCGGUGAAAGUGGCGUCGGGGUUUUAACGAGGACUUUGGAGGAAUUCAAGAGGACGAAAUGCCUUUUCACGUACUAUAAGUGUUGGGAGCUACUAUGAAAAAGUCCAAAGUGGGCGCUAGUUAAUCCAAUGACGUCUAGUAGUAGACGUCGAGCUAAAAGGUCAAAAACAUCAUCCUCCGUUGACCCGUCAACU